AUGGCUGAUACUGAUGAGGGAAACUUCCAAAGCGAAGAAAUCCAAGGAGCAACGAAGAGGCUCCUACUGAAAAUAAAAAAUGAAAAAAAAAAUGAAGAAAUAAUAAAAAAAACUAUUGAGGAGUAUAAACAAACGAUAGAAGUAAUAUCCACUUUGACGAAGAAACUUAAUUACAAAAUUAUCAUCCCAUUUUCCAAAGUAGCUUUCUAUGAAGGGGAAAUAAAAUAUACAAAUAAUAUAUACCAGGAUAUAGGAUGCAACACAUAUUGCGAAAGGACAACAGAAAAAGCGAAAGGUCAUUUAGAAAGAAAAUUAAAAUUUUACCAAGACAAGUAUGACAUUGUACAUGAGUCAUUAACCAAAUUGACAAAAGAAUUGGAGCUUUCCUUGGAACUUAAUUUUCACUCAAAUUAUGAAAAAGAGGUGGAACAUGCGGGGGGAGAUACAAACAACGUGUUUGUGCGUCCUGACGGCUUUUUAGAAAUUAGGGAAGAAUAUCACGAGAGUGAUGACGAGGGAGAUUUGAACCAGGUGGGGAAACAAAAGGAGCACCUCAAAAGUGGAGUUAAGAACGAAGGGGAAGUACAAAAGAGGGAGCACCGUGGAACACAACGAAGUGGAAGAGACAGCCCUGUCCUGAAGGGUGUUGCCGCGGAGGGGCGAACAAUUUCGCCAAGGAACCUAACUGAAAAGAAGCAACCUUCCCAGCAGGGGGAGAUCCAGGAAGCUUCCGCCAAUAUGGGCCGCAAUUCGCCCAAGGGCAACCCUUUAAAUGUGAACAAGCAGGGGUUUUUAAAUAUAAAGGAAAACUACUACAGCAGCAGUGGCAGCGAUUGUGAGCAGUGA